AUGGCGCUUAACUUCAAAAUGCAUACCUUGGUCCCGUGGAAGCUGUUCCGGCAGGAGCUUUCGCUGGUCCAUCCAAUCUCCUCCGGACUGGAAGCGAUGGCGCUCAAAACCACCAUAGAUUUAACGUGCAAUGAUUAUAUUUCGAAUUUUGAAUUCGAUGUUUUUACUAGGCUGUUUCAACCGUGGAAUACGUUGCUGAGGAAUUGGCAAAUCCUAGCUGUGACGCAUCCGGGCUAUGUCGCCUUCCUAACGUACGACGAAGUCAAAGCACGCUUACAAAAGUAUAUCAAUAAGGCUGGUAGUUAUGUUUUCAGAUUAUCCUGCACACGGUUAGGACAGUGGGCAAUAGGUUACGUGACGGCGGAGGGCGAAAUCCUGCAGACGAUUCCGCAAAACAAGUCAUUAUGUCAAGCUUUACUAGACGGUCAUAGGGAAGGGUUUUAUCUUUACCCGGAUGGGAAACCGCACAAUCCGGAUCUAUCGUUUGCGGUGCAGAGUCCGCUCGAGGAUCACAUAACGGUGACGCAGGAACAGUACGAGCUGUACUGUGAAAUGGGGAGUACGUUUCAGCUGUGUAAAAUCUGUGCCGAGAACGAUAAGGACAUCAGGAUCGAACCGUGUGGGCAUCUGCUAUGUACGCCGUGUCUGACGGCGUGGCAGGUGGAUUCAGAAGGGCAGGGUUGCCCGUUCUGCAGGGCGGAAAUCAAGGGCACGGAGCAGAUCGUGGUGGACGCGUUCGACCCGAGGCGGCAGCACCAUCGCGAUUCAGCCAACGGGCGGCAACAGCUGCAAAAUGACGACCACGACGACGACACAGAGGAUGACUUUAACAUCGCCACCUCGUCACUUCAUGCGCUGAGCAAUAGUAUGACACUGGCACGCAAUGAUAAGCAAAGCCCGCACUCCUCACCCCGUUUGCCAAGGCGUCAGCAGAAUCCAACGGCACCGGUGCUAACUAGUAACGAUAUUUACGCAGGCGGUCCAUCUUCGCAGCAGCAGCAACAACAGCAGUGCCAAUCGCAGUCUAGCAGUGGAAGUAGUAGCGCCUGUAGUUAUGCAUCAGCUUCACCAUCAUCUUCAUCGUCAUCAUCAUCCUCAACAUCGUCCUCCUCAUCAUCAGCUUCUUCUUCAUCAUCCGCGAGCACAACGACCGGUGCAGCUAUCCAGCAACAGAUGGCAGCACUAGUUUCGACACCGGCUGCAUUGGCAGCUGCCGCGGCAGCUGCUGCGCCACCAAUGGUCGCAACCGUAUCGCACACCGUCAAUGGGAAUCUGGCCACCCACACCAACAUCUCACUGAACAGCAACAAUCACUGUAGCGGCCAUUUGUGUACAGCCGGCGGCCAACCGAGUCAACUAGUCAAAUGUAAUAAAUCGUCGUCCUCAUCUAUUCUAUCACAGACACAAACCCAACCUACAGUAGCGCCUUCGUCGGCACCCACCAUCAACAUGCUGCAACAGAACCGUUUGAGUGCCCCGGCUAGCUCAUCGGUGGCGUCACCUAGUGGCGGCAAUCCCAGCAGCUACCUCAUGUACAAGGCACUGAACAAAGCUUUCUCAUCCGAUAGUCCCGCUUCCAGUUCCAUGGAGUCCAUCUACCAUCAACACAUGCGGCAGAGUACGGUCACGCCGCCGCCUCUGCCUCCUCGAAAAUCAUCACCAGGUAUUCUAACAUCUUCUUCUAACACCUCCUCUCCUUCUACGUCUGCCAACAACUGCGACAACAAUCGCCUCAAAACAGGCAACACACGCUGUCCAAACUCCCAGCAAAUACUGCUGACGACCACCCGCAACAACACCCAGAACCAAAUCAACUCCGCAUCUAGUCUGUGUAAUCUGUCGAACCAAGUGGCCACCAGUCUCAACAUUAGUCGAAGUUCGGAGAAUCUCUCAGUAAUCACUCGAGCGAAUAGUAGUCACGACAACCACGUACCCAACACCACGGCGCCACCCGUUCCCAAGCACCAAACCCUUACGGAAGUGCAAGCCACCAUGACCUGUCCCUGCAGCAGUAUUGGGCCUUCGACCACCGUCACCCACUCGAAACCUCCCGACCAACAACACCAGCACCAACACCAGCAACUGCACAGUUUCAACGAGGAAGACCUCGACAAGGUCAUUGUCGGACCCGCGGAAACCAUCGUCGGUAUUAUCGAUACCCGACCACUUGAAUCUCGACAGCCGAUCAUCCUAAAAGUCGACGACAAAAGCGACCAAAAUCUAGUCCUCACUAGUACCAGCAACGUGUACCAAAUAAAACCAACCUCCAUCAGUACGAACCUCAACGGGAUCCUGUCCAGCGAGGUCACCGCCAUCUUUCAACCUGCACAAACCGUUGUUAUCACCCAGCAAACCCAUCAACAACAACAACAGCCGCAGCAACAACAGCACCACAUCCCCAAGCAGCCGCAACCUCAACCCCGUCACCAAUAUCAACAACAACAGCAACAGCACCAAUCCCAACAACAGCAGCUGUCAAACCAACACCAACGACACCAAUCGCUCCCGGCAAACAAGGUGACCCCACAUCCACCCUCGAAAUCCAUAACCACGUCGCAACUAUCGGCGGCCAUUGCCGCGGCAGCCGCCGCCUCCGGCAAAAAACAUCCGCUACUGUACGAAAAUAUCAACCUCAGCCUGAAGGACUGCAGCAGCAGCAAUGGAGGUAGUUCUAGCACCAGUAGCGCCAACAACAACCACCUGAACAGCUCGAUCGUGGCUGCGGCAAUGGCCGCCUCCAGUGCCAUGGCAAGUGGCAGUAACAACAACAACACGAACGUGCCAUACGAAAACAUCAACCUGGAGUACAUCGCCCGGCUGAUGCAGGAGGGCUACUCGAAGGAGAACGUCAUCACGGCGCUCGGCAUCUCCCGGAACAACAUCGAGAUGGCGUGCGACAUUCUGCACGAGUUUGUUAGUAAAGGGGAUGGCGGUGGAGGCGGUGGCGGAGGACCUGGUGGUUCGGGAGUUGGUUGAACAACCGAAGGUUCAAACACGUAAGAGACUGCACAGAAACGCUACGCUACUACUACGCUACACAGGAAUCAACAAUCAUCAUAGCAAUACAACAACGCGCUCCCCGCUGUAAAUAGUCUUGAAACCUCCUUGUAGAGAGCCACCAACAACAACCGACCGAGUUGGGUACAGCAACAAAGAACAAAUUAACAAACAAACGAGAGAAGAAGCUUUAUUUUAGUUCCUUACUAGAAAACUAAUAACGGAAUCUUUACUAUACAUACAUACGUAGGAAUUAGGUACGUACAUACGUGUUGAUCGUGGGCUGGACCGGAAGCAUUUUAGUUGAAUUUAUUAUUAUUAACCUAUUACUAUUGUUUUUUUCAAUCCCGACGGGUUUCGCUGGUCUGGUGGAGUAAAAGAUUAGUUUUGUCGAAAGAGUUAGUUUGAAAAUUAUCAAGUUUACAUGUUCGAACAUUAUAUCAGGAAAUUUUGUAACAAACUUCAAGUUAGGAUGAAAAUGUAGGCACAAAAUCAAAACAGAAAUCAAGACCAGGAUCCGUAAUCAGGGCUUAAAUUUACAUAUGAAACGAAAAAGUGAUUUUUGAAUCCCAAUUCAAUUACCGAAUCUCAAUUAAAGUACACAACCAAAAAAAGAAUCCGGUAUGACCCCAAAAAAGCGGAAAUAUGUCAUCAAGGUUAAAAAAACUGUUCUGGAUGUUAACAUGAUUUUAAAAUAUGUUGAUUCAUGCAGGCAUGUAGAUAAACGAGGUGUCCACUUUCGUUCUUAACUUCUAUCUCAAGACGAGUUCUGAGGCGGAAGCAUAUCUUCGCAAUGUAAGGUUUUCGUCAACUGUACGGAUUUCACAGCUAGAAUACGCCGCAACGAACUUCUGGGCCUGAUUGUUCUUCGAUGCCCAACUGGAUUCCAUUUAAGCGCCUCUGCAAAUCUCGUUUUCAUCUCUUCGCAACGUGUGCCCAAUCCAUCUUUCCAUCUUUCUUAGUACCACCAUUUGGCAUUAUCUGGUUACCAAGAUACUGGAAGCACUCGACUUUCUUAACCUGUUGUCCAGCUACUACGAAAUUGGAAGGACUUUUUGUGUUGUUUUCCAUCGACUUGGUCUUUCCGACAUUGACUUUGAGACCUGCUGCCUUGGAGCAUUCGACCUCGGAUCUUUGACCAUGGAAGAAUUCGAGGUAUUCGCUUCCUUAGCCAGUCUCAGAUCAAUUUUACCACUUUAACAGUGCAUGCACACCGUGGCCUUCAUCUACCUAUCUUCCGUGGACAUGUUACAGCCGCCGCAACUUAUCGGGAGAUCAUCAAAAACAACCCAAAACAGACUGCUAAAAAUGUUCGCAUUUUUUCAUGGGUCAUGCUGUAGUAAUUGGGGUCCAUCUUUACGAAACGGUGGUGUUGCUUCAUGAAUCUUCUAGCGUAGUUUGAGUGUAUCCCGAUUUUUCCGCUUCUAAAAAAAAACUGUGCAAAAUCAACGGAUAACCCGCAGUUCAUCAGCCUCUGCACCAUGCUCUGAGUCGCUGCAGGUUACACUACUUAUCCAGACUCAAUCCCCUAUGAUUCCUUAAGCGGCUACUGCCCUAUGGCUAUCAUACCGAACCUUACGUUGAGGUUUUUCUCAGGCACGGCAAUCUACCGGGUCCUUUUAGAUUCUAUUCUGGACGAACCCCUAGUCCAUAAAACCUCCAUGGGACUUCGGGCCUCAAUUCUUAUACGAGGAUUCAGAUACGCUGUAGCCCAUGGCUGUGAGGCCAUACUCGCGCUACUGCGGCCUACGGCAUACUCGUUUAUGAACCACCUCUAGCACACUACUUUACCUCCACUGUCACGAUUCGAGACUUCACCUCUCCUCUGGCCUCUUCAGACUUGAAAUCUGGCCUCUGCUCGUGAUUCGAGGCCUGCAAACAAGGGUCUGUAACUGUUGUGCAGCACUUUGGGCAGUGGAAAGAAGGUUCGCAAUCUUUCAACUGCUUCCGGCGGCUCCCCCUGAAGCUAGGGCUGGUUAUUCGUCGCUUUCAUUGCACGACGCUCUUGUCCCUGUUGCAGCUAGACAGCUCUGGCUUCCGGCUCGAAGAUCUACCAUGAUUCCUGGUUCGACGACCGUCCAAUUUGCUCCUGGUCCGACGACUUUUCAUGAUCUCUGAUCUGGCGACCUCCAUUUAACUCCGUUCCGACGAUCUUCCAUCUGACUUCUGGUCUCGACUCCCUUACUGCAACUCUCCCUUCGCCUAGACGCCUUUCCUGAGGACUGCGCCUCCCAGUGGUUCCAGCCCGACGACCUCCACUUGGCUUACCACCACCUGGUUCCUGAUUUGGCGACGUUUUAUGAUACCGGCCCGCCAACCUUCCAUGGCUUUCGGUACGACGACCUACCAAUGAAUCUGGCCUCUUCGUCGUUUCAGCCCAGCGACCUUCCAUGACACCGAUCCGCAACUUUGUGGGUUCCAGCUCGAAGCUCUCAUUUAAGCCUGACGACCUUCCGCUGGCUCCCGACUCGCCGACCUUCCAAGGAUUCGACCAAACGUCCUUCCACGGCUCCUGGUCCGACAACCUUCCCCGAUUCCCGGCUCGCCGACUUUCCAAUUGCCCCGGCACAACGAACUCGCAAUGGCCUCGCACCGACGUGGUUCUGGUUUCUGUCUCGAUGACCUUCCAAUGGUUCCUGGCUCGUUGUUCUUUUCGGGCUUCGGCUUGUUGUCCUUCAUUCGGUGCUGGUUCUUCUAUUUGCCACUGAUGAUUCCGCUACUCCUCCUUUCUACUAGUGCUGGGCCCAUAACCUGUUGCACCUGUUGUGUUGUUAGGUCCGCUUUUUUCUUUGGUAUCCUCCAGAUUUUGAAAAAAGAAACGCCACGCCCGGCCAUGGGCCGAAUCGAGAGCAGCUUAUUCUAGACUCGCGCCUGUCACAGCACACGUCCGGGACUUUACGGAAUUACUCGAAUAAUUCCCGGCGAGGCAAGGAAUAUUUAAAGAAGGUAGUGCCAAGGCAGCUCUGCUUUAGUAUUGGUACAGGCUGAGACGUCACAAUCACGAAAAAUCUGUUAAUUUACUAGAAAAUUUAUCUCUUUCGUCGUUAAUUCGUAGAAUCUGCUGGAAAUUUUUUCACUUUGAAAACAUUUUAUUGUGGAAGGAUUCUUGCUCUUUAAGAUCGUUAGAAAAAAAGUUGCAUUUUCGAAUAACUUUUCUAUAAAAUAGACCAUCAAAGUUCGAAAAAAUAGUAGAAUUUCCCCACUGAAAUUUGCAAAACUUUAAAAUUAUUUUAAAGUCUUCCAUGAAAAUGUUUAAGUUAGUGCAGUUUAGGUUCCUCAUUACAGUUAAGUGAUCAAAACACAAAUUUUCAUACAAAACAACAAAUCUUUUAUUGGCAUUUUAGUAAAAUGAUUUGACAAUCAUUUAUUGAUGUUAAUUGUUCUACACAAGAAUUGCAUAUGGUAAACCGGUUGAAUUAAAUUCAUAACAAUCAGUUGAACACUCAAUAUCACCACCUACUAGAUCUUUAAAAAGCUGAUUUUUGCUUCAUUUUUGCACGUUCUAGCUUCAAGGCGACAUUGCAUUCAUAAUUAAAAUAAGAAAAAAAAUUUAAUGCAAUCUUCAAAGGACCAAAAAACUACAUAACAUAGUGAAAUAGAGGCCCUACAACAGAAUCAAAAUGAAAUUGGAAUUCAUUUUCGUUCUAAAACGUGUUUUUCUUUGAAAUUCCUACCAUUAAGUAUUGUUUUUUGACUGGAUUAUUUUUAAUUUUUGGGGAUUGAACGGCUUCGUCAGUCAAUUGUGGGAAAUAAAAACGAGUGAUUUUUAUUAUUGUCCAAACGUUUCGGCCAUUUAUUGUGGCCUUCUUCAGUGGGUAACUGUGAAUUUAUU